GGUGAUUCAUUUAGAGGUUUUUUUUUCAAUAGGGAUUUUUUCGUGGAUCACGCGUGAUUCGUGUCCAACUGUCAGGCUAUUUUUGUUCAGUAUUGUUUGGCAUUUUAUCAUGGAAAGACUCACUCCAGCCCAACGUUUACAAAUCGUUCAAUUGUACUACGAAAAUUCGCGUUCUGUGAGGAAUGUGUUUCGUGGACUUCGGUCAACUUAUGGUCAACAUCAUCGACCCACGGAACCCACUAUACGGAAUACCAUCGCCAAAUUGGAAACCCAAUUUACAUUAUUGGAUGAUUUACGACCGAAUAGACCACAUCCAGCUCGCAGUGCUGAAAAUAUAGCGGCGGUAGCUGACAGUGUACGCGAAGACCGGGAAGAAUCGAUUCGGCACCGUUCGCAGCAGCUUGGCUUGUCUUAUGCCACCACCUGGCGUAUUUUACGUCGUGAUCUUGGUUUAAAGGCUUACAAAAUUCAACUCGUGCAAGAAUUGAAGCCAACCGACAUGCCCAAUCGCUACCGUUUCAGUGUUUGGGCCCUCGAAAAACUGGAAGAAGAUCCACUGUUUUCGACCAGAAUUUUGUUCAGUGAUGAGGCCCACUUUACGCUCAAUGGCCACGUAAAUAAGCACAAUUGCCGUAUUUGGGGAGAAGAACAACCCGAACAAGUUCAAGAACUGCCAUUACAUCCAUUGAGAACAACGGUUUGGUGUGGUCUUUGGGCCGGUGGAAUCAUUGGACCUUACUUCUUUCGAAAUGAGGCCGGCCGCAACGUUACUGUCAAUGGGGACCGAUAUCGCGAAAUGAUAACGGACUGGUUGGUGCCUGAAAUUGAAGCCCGUGAUCUCGACGAUAUUUGGUUUCAACAAGACGGCGCUUCAUGCCACGUAUCGCGACUUUCAAUGGCGCUAUUGCGACGUCAAUUCGGUGAACAGUUGAUUUCGCGCAACGGACCGGUCAAAUGGCCACCAAGAUCGUGCGAUAUCACCCCGUUAGACUUCUUCCUUUGGGGCUAUCUGAAGUCAAAAGUCUACGCGAACAAGCCAGCGACGAUUGACGCUUUGGAAGCCAACAUUACGCGAGAAAUCGCCGCAAUUCAGGUCCCUAUGCUCGAAAGAGUCAUCGAAAAUUGGAACUUCCGGAUGGACCACCUUAAGCGCAGUUAUGGCCAACAUCUGAAAGGGAUUAUCUUCAAAAAGUAAAUGCCAUAGAAUGUUCUUUCAGAUGGUAAUAAAAAUUUGGCGAUCGAUUUAAAUUUUCUGUGUUUUAUUCAAAAAUAAAAAAAAAAGUUUUAAAUGAAUCAC